CGAUCCUUUCUCUGCAGACAUUCAUAUCCACACUCUCCUUCACCGCAUUGAAUAGUUAAAGCAUUUUUCUUCACACCCAUUUGCAGCUUUUGGUUCUUAGAUCAUAAAUUUUAGAUCUUGAUAAUAUUUAAAAUUUGGGAUUGAAGAAAAUGGAAAGAAAUUUUAUGGGUCUUGAUUCUAAAGAUGCAAUCUUUAACAAAGAUCUUGAACUUGAAGGAUGCAAACAACCAGAUUUGCAUCUCCUGCAGAUGUUUUUGAAAGCUUUAACAACCACCCGGAGCGCGAAAUCGAGGUUGCACAAGUUCAACAUGCCACCAAACCAGCAGUUCCAGUGACGAUGAGCAACCCUUUUUAUAGGCCUGUUUUCUCUGGUGCUCCUGUUUAUUCACAGUUACUUAAUCCAUGGUAUGGCUCCAAGGUUGCUUCGGUUCCGGCUCAACUAACCAUCUUUUAUGAUGGUAUGGUGUAUGUAUAUGAUGAUAUCUCCCCUGAAAAGGCUCAAGCUAUUAUGCGUUUGGCUGGAAAUGGGCACUUUGUUGCAACGGCUGAUGCACCACAACAAAGAACCCAAGCUCAGGGACCCGCACCAACCAGCCCAGCUAGCCCGCGACCCUGCUCACCCGUCUCAAGCCCCAUGUCCGUUUCUUCACACUAUGUUGGCCCAUUGACUGAUGGACCGCAUAGCGAAACCGAAGCAGCUAAAAGAAUCAUGAGUUCACUUGGACAAGCCAUGCAAUCAGCCAUUCCUCAGGCGCGCCAAGCAUCAUUGGCUAGGUUUCUUGAGAAACGCAAGGAAAGAGUGAUGGCUUCAGCUCCUUAUAGCCUCGGCAAGAACAUCAUGGACUGUGCUUCCAACGGCAACGCUGCUGUUGUUGCAGGCGAGUGAAGAAAACUAAGCAACAAACGGAAGUGAUCGGAUUUGUUUCAAAUCAUAACUUAUUUUCAGAUGUUUAUUAAAGUAGUAUAGUUGUUAAGUUCAUUAUGUAAUGAUAGGGAGUUGAUUAUGUUCAUCGUAUCAUGUUUAUGUCGAGGAUAACAAAAUUGUAUGGAGAUUAUUUUGCUAUGAUUAUAGAUUCCAUUGUAUGUAUCUA